AGCGAUUGCUGCAGCCGCGGUUGGCGCUGUUUUCUCGUUUGUAUUGUCAGUUAGUUUCAUAGAAAAGAUUAUUAAGUUAUUACUACUGCCUGCUGGCUGCUACUAAUUAGUAAUUUCAUAAAUACAUAGUUAGUCUUACUGCGUAGGUACGAUAUAAUACAUUGUGAUUUGCGUUUGUCAUUUUUGUUCAAAGAAUUAAGUAGUUUUCCGUAUCGCGGUAUCGACUUGGUUAGAUCGCGAUUUUCUAUAAGCGACACUAUAAUCAGAAGUCAAAUAUUUAUUCGAGUCAUUUGUUUUAUUCCUCUGAGAUUGUUUUGUUAACCGCUAACGAUUCGAUAUGGAUCCAGAAAAAUUAAUGGACGAGAUACGGUCCUUAAACCAGAGAUUAGAUGCUAUGACCAAGACACUAAGCACGUUGGACCAAAAGAUAGACAAUAUCGCUAUAUCACAACGGAUUGGAGAUGAAACAAUGAGAAAAUCUGCUAAUUCCAUUACUAUUAUCAUCAGGCUUUUGGCUGGUUUACGUAAGUUAUCCAGUACAGAGUUACGAAAUACCCUAAUCGAAUCAGAUGCUCUUUUAAAUACUGUUCAUCCUAUUCCUACUACUGCCCAAAAUGCUGAUCAAAUUCCUGUGACUAAUGAUCGGUUAAAAACCAUAUUAAAAGAGGUAUUUGAUGUACUCAAUUCGUUGCCGGCUGUUGAUGAAUCUUUAAAUCAAUCAACUUCUACAACAAUGUUAUUAUCCAAUAAUACUGCAAUUGAUAAAAUCAAAGAAGAACAGAAAAUACAGUUUUGGAGAAAAUACAAAAAUAAAUACAAUUAUAUUGAGAAAAUUAGGUGUAAGCUUCCUCCUUUAGAAGACCCUGCCGAAGAACCGGAUUCUCAUCAAAAUUCUAUAAUUAAUAUUGCUCAAAAUAAUGUAAGUGUCAUUGUACAAAAUGAUUUAAACGACAAUACACAAAAUGAUCUAAAUAACAUUGUACAAAAUGAUUUAAAUGAUAAUACACAAAUUGAUGUAAGCGACAGAACACUAAGUGAUGUAAAUGGCAAAUUUACUAUACAAGACAUUAUACAAAAUAAAGCUGUAUAUGAAAUUUUAAAAAGUAGGCUUAAAAAUUCACCAUAUGAUGACCCGUCAUUUUUCAAAAAUAAUGUUAGAGCCACUCAACUUAAUAUACAAUUGGCAAAUGGUGAUUCUGUUAUUAAACCAAUGAGUUGUGUAGCACCUCUAGUAGUACUAAAGAAGUUUGAUGAUAUGUGCCCACUUCCAGCUCAAAUUAUAAAAACAGUGGGCAAACAUUCUAAAAGUACUUCGAGCAGGGAUUCAAACAAAAUAAAAGUAAACAGUUCCAAUAGAAAUAAUACAUGUGUAAAAAUGAACAAAAGGGAAACUAGAGCUAAUACAGCUAAGGAUAAAACAAACAGUUCCACAACUAUUGUUGAAACUAGUUCUAAAAAGCGAAGAUUGGCAAACAAAAAUAGUAAAAAUGAACCAUCCAAAAGAAGAAGAAAUUAAAACUACAUACUAAUAUCCCAAUUAUGUCCAUUAAUAUUUGUAUAGUAUUAAUUCAUUUUUAGAUUGUUAAAAUUCAAAACCAAAUUUGUAUUCUUUAAGUAAUUCAAAAGAUGAAACAAGUGUAGUAAUAUUAUUUAUAUUAAAUUUUAUUAUUUAAACUACACUACUAAUCAAUGAAUUUCAUUAUUAUAUAAUAUUCAAUGGUUAUUUAAAUGUUUUUUCACUUAUUUUUUGUAUAAAAUCUUGAUUUCAUUAUAAUUAUUCAAUACGCUUAAUUUAUGUGAUACAAAUUUAUAUAUGAAUUUAAUAAAAUUAUGCAAGGCUAUACCUAUGGGAGGGGCUUAAAAGUUUACUCCAACAUUUUUCAGAUUAUUCAGAGAAAUUUAACAUAAUUUUUUUUUUUUAAUUUUUCCAUUCCCUCUAGAAAAUUUCUCCCGAGUAUAACCUUGUGAUUAUAUUAUUAUAUCUAAAGUACUAAGUUUCAACACGUUCAGACAUGUUGUAACUAAUGACAACUAUAACUAAUAGGUAAUAAACUUUUGUUUGUAUAACUUAAGUGAAAUGUAUAUUGUAUAGCUUAUAUCUACAUGUUUUGUGUGAAAAAAUGGAAAUAUAAAUUUUGAAUUGAAUGCAAUUUUAAGCAUUUUAAAUCCAUAAUGAUACUUCUUAUAAAUGUCAAACUAUGAUUUUUAUUGUGAACAAAGUAAAUUUUUAAUGUAUUUGCCAACUUCUAGCUUUGUUAAUAUGUUUUCAUUUUAUUUAUGCCCAUAUUUAUUUGUUACUUAUACUAAAUAAUAAUAUAUUACAUGUAUUUGUUCUGUAUGAUGAUUGUUAAUUUGGUAUAUUUUAAUAAUUAUUAGUUAUGUAAAUUAGUACUUGAAUUGUUGUUAUAAUAAAUAAAGUAUAAGAAAAUGUAAGGUGUCCAACCAAUAUUGGUUACAGAAAUUACAUUUGACUCUCUUGUGGUUAAUCUAAUCAACCAAGCUAUAGUUGAAGUUUGGGCCUUGUUUAAUAUACAUUUUUUUGUUUUUAUUUAUAAUUGAUAUUUCUACAAAACAACAGUGCAUUUUUUUCUCAAUAAAGUACCUGAUAUGCACUGUGCUAUAAAAAUCUUAUUUUUAAUUUUUAGUUUGAAUAGGUAAUGUAAUUAUUUUAAAUAUUUAAAUUGUACAAAAUAUAAAAGGAAAUAAGUCAAUUUAAAUUAUCUGAGUAUUUAAUUUUUUUUGUACUUUCUUGAUUAAAAUUAUUUGUGAGCAAUUAUUAUUAUAAAGUAUCAUUGUCCUUAUUAUACUACAAUUUUUAUUUAUUAAUUCUAUUUGUCUGCAAUGUUAUUUUUUAUUACACAAAAAAAAAUCCUAAAAA